AUCGCGUUCAGGUCGAAAAACCUGCUAGGAAUUGGCGCGAAAAUAAUUCUGUCAAAUUGCGUGUACACAUUGUAACAUUUGUAAUCCUGUUGUGCAUUUAAUUUGUGGCAGUGUUCGUGAACGUGCGAAAGAAUUUUGACGGAGUUUAAUUUUCAGUCCUGUGAUUGAAUGAUAUCGUGAAUAAACUGCUGAUUGAAUGCAGAAGAAAAGAUUCGAUACGACCCUGCAAUAAACGCGCCUAACCUAAAAGGAUGUCAACCGAGGGAAUAGAGAAUCUGAUAGAUCUUUUGCCUCUUUACUAUCAGCGGCUUUUUCCGUUUCACGACUACUACAGGUGGCUGAGCUACGGUGAUCCCAGCGUCUUUUCACGCAGAGAAUUUUCUUUCACCGUAAGAGAUGACGUCUACAUACGAUAUCGUUCCUUCGUUAAUCAAGAUGAACUACAACUGGAAUGCAGACGACUCUUGCCGUUUAAAAUUGAUAUCGGUGCGAUAUACAAUAUAUGCCCAAAAGAUGAGAAGAAAUUUUCAAGUUUUCUGCCAGUAGAAAGAGAACUUGUUUUUGAUAUAGAUAUGACGGAUUAUGACGAUGUUCGAAGCUGCUGUUCAGGCGCCGACAUAUGUACAAAAUGCUGGAAGUACAUGGUGAUUGCCUGCCAGAUAUUGGACUCCGCACUUAGAGAGGAUUUUGGCUUUGAGCAUCUAUUGUGGGUAUUUUCUGGAAGAAGAGGUAUACAUUGCUGGGUGUGCGAUAAAUCAGCUCGCGAGUUGAAUUCGAUGACCCGCGGCUGUGUUGCCGAAUACUUACAGCUUAUUACUGGUGGAGAACUAAAAGCCAAGAAAGUCAACUUUCCUGGCCCAAAAUUACACCAUUCUGUGAGACGUGCACUAAAUAUCAUAGAACCACUGUUCGUAUCAAUGUGCGUCGAGGAGCAGAAUAUGCUCGGAACAGAAGAAGGUGUUGCCAAAUUCUUACCACUUAUUCUUGACGAUAGUUUAAGAUCCCAGGUCAAGGAUUUAUUCAAAAAACAUACAUCUAGUGUUGAGCGUUGGGAGGCCUUCACUGCCUGCUACCAAGUCGAGAAACAAACGGGUAAAAAAUGGCGUCUGAAUCAUCUUCUGGAGGAAAUAAUGAUCCAGUACGCGUAUCCGAGAUUGGAUAUUAACGUGACCAAGGGAAUGAACCAUCUUUUGAAAUCGCCGUUCUGUAUUCAUCCAAAAUCGGGUAAAGUUAGUGUGCCGUUUAGCCCAAAAGCUGUUGGUAAAUUUAACCCGUUAACUGUACCAACGAUAAACUUGCUAAUCGAGGAAAUCAAUGCAUUCGACGCCAAAGAAGACUCUAUCCAAGAAUCAAACACUAGGAGAAAAAUCAAGGACUAUAAAAAAACUAGCUUGAACAAAUCUGUUCAUGUUUUUCAAGAAUUUUUAAGGAAUUUGGAAGAUGCUUCAAAAGGACAGAAGAUUUUGCAGAGUGAUAUGUUGAUGGAGUUUUAGUAAUGCAAACCAAUAACUGUGAACUAUAAGAUGAAACUCGUGUUUUAAUUUUAAGUAAUCAAUAAGUUUCGCUUACAAAUGAAAAAUAAAAGAAAUAAGUACG